AUGUCUAUCAAGCUCCCAAGCUGGCAGACGGGCCUAAAUUUCCUCCUAGAUGGGGCUGCCUUUACCCCUCUAGCAAGCAUAGACUUGUACAGAAGCGCAGCCUUAAGAGUCAAGAGUCGUGAAAGCAGUUCUCGAAAUCCACGGUUCCACGAAGAGUUACUAUCGGUUCCGCAAGCGCAGCCAAAUAUCCGAUUUCCUCUUGCACCUGAAGUCACCUCCCUUUUGCAGAAGUACGCUGAGCAGGGAUGCGAACUAACUGACGAUGGCACAUGCUCAGCCCUAUCCAAAGCUCUAAAGAAUGGGACAGUUAUUUGGAGCCAUUUUUCACGCGCGGUGGUGCAGCUUGAUGAGCGGAUUGUUGUCAAGAUUGGAUCCAGCAUUACCUUGACGGAUGCAAAUAUGACUGCCCAUAUACGAAGCCACUCUUCUGAUAUUCCAGUUCCUGAACCCCUAGGUUAUCUCGGCGGCGGAAGCCCACCUCUAUGUAUUGACUCAAGAAUGUGGAAGCGUGAAAGCCCCGAAUAUAUAGAGGGUGAAGGCGAGUUUAACGAAUUUCUUCUCUCUGGCAAUAGGCGACCAGGCAUGGAACCUUACGUGGAGUUUGUUAGACCGAUGCUCUAUAACAAUCAUCGUAUUGUUCUAACCCACGGUGACCUGCAUCCCCGUAACAUUAUGGCUAUUAAAGAUGGAGAAGGGGAGGUUCGGGUAGCUGGCUUGGUAGGCUGGGAGGUUGGCGGUGCCUAUCCAGAGUACUGGGAGUUUGUCAAGUCUCUCAACACUAUCCGCCCAAUACGAUUCAGCGAUUGGCCCUUCUUCCUACCUUUAGAAGGGAUAGGAAUAUAUUAUGAAGAAUAUGCCAUUGAUCGCCUAGUUGACCAUUGCGUGACGUAG